AUGGGGAGGGAGAACAAUUUUCCAAAAACUGGUUCUUCUAUGACACCGGCAAAUGGGAGGACAAUUUUGGAAAGGGAAAGCUUAGCUUUGUUUUUAUGCCCUAGUUCUGUUUCGAAAGGAAAAGGGAAUGGAGGAAAAAAAAAAAACCAAAAACAACAAACUAAAAGAAAGUUGCAUUUUGGUAGAGAAAAUAGACCCAAAAAAAAAAAAGUACAAAGGGUAUUUUGGUCCUGUUGUACUAAAAGUUGGCUAUUCUUUAAAAAAAAUUUUUUUUUUGCUAUUUUUCUAAAAUGGAGUUGUAAUGUGGUUAUUUUUCAAAAAAAUCCAAAACCGAAGCCUAAACAACCUAAAAAGCCCAAAGAACCAGAAAAGCCCAAAGAACCAGAAAAGCCUAAAGCCGCUGAGAAACCUAAAGAACCAGAAAAGCCUAAGACCCCAGAGAAACCUAAAGAACCUGAGAAGCCUAAGGAACCACCGAAGCCUAAAGGGCCAGAGAAACCUAAAGAACCUGAGAAGCCGAAACCACAACCUCCUCCUCCUUGUCAACCGGUGCCCGGAUGCCCACCGCCGUUUGUUCCGAUGGGAGUAUGUUGCCAGCAAUGUUACAAUGGGAUUCCCGGUGGGCCAUGCUUUCAUGGCUAUGGUGGGCCACCACCAUGUUACCAAUACGAUGGGUACUGUGGAAGGCCAGUCUUUGAUAGCUGGGGUGGUGGAAGACCGGUCUAUGUGAGCCGCUGUGAUACUUUCAGUGAAGAAAAUCCCCAAGCUUGCACUAUUAUGUAGAUCAUUUUUUGUUUUUCUUUUUUUUGGGUUUUUUUCUUAAUAAGGAAAAAUUUUUCUUCUUAUAAUAUCUACUUAGCAGUGUUGGAAUGUUGAGUCAAGCUUCGGAUUCCAAAUGGGUUAUUUUUAUGUAGCACAAAAAAAUUAUCGUUGUUAUUAUAUAUAAGGUAGAUGGGGAAAUACUGGAAUAUUAAAUGAAUAUGGUUGUUUGUUGAUAGAGUGGGGGUACAUGAGGUGUUACAAUUUUUCUUAAAAAAAAUAAUUAAAUAACAAUAAUUGAAGGUCCCAUCAAUGAUUGCCCAA